CCACAGACACGAUGCCUGAACCAACGAAGGCUCAAGCGCCCAAGAAGGGCUCCAAGAAGGCGGUGGCGAAGGCCACCGGUAAGACCGGCAAGAAGAGGAGGAAGUCCAGGAAGGAGAGCUACGCCAUCUACGUGUACAAGGUGCUGAAGCAGGUGCACCCCGACACCGGCAUCUCCUCCAAGGCUAUGGGCAUCAUGAACUCCUUCGUGAGCGACAUCUUCGAGCGCAUCGCCGGGGAGGCCUCCCGCCUGGCUCACUACAACAAGCGCUCCACCAUCACCUCCCGGGAGAUCCAGACCGCCGUCCGCCUGCUGCUGCCCGGGGAGCUGGCAAAGCACGCCGUGUCCGAGGGCACCAAGGCCGUGACCAAGUACACCAGCUCCAAGUGAACUGCGGAGACCCGCUUCCACCCAACGGCUCUUUUAAGAGCCACCCACCGGCUGCCUGGAGACAAACUGUCCUGAUGCUUCCAUGUUCACAUUACAAACAUUAAAAUGACCCAGAACUUUAGAUACAUGUUCCUCGUGUGUUUCCAGGUGAAUGAAGCUUUAGAGAAGUUCACUUGAAUCUAAACAUCAAAUGAAUUAGUUUAUAAUUUAAUCUAUAAAAGCAGUGAAUUUUGAAAAGCAGCAAACCAUUGAGCAUAUUUAUAUUUUAGACCAGUUUCCUCUAGUAUAUGAUUUCAUGUUUUGAUUCAUGUGUAUUCACCACUCGAUGAUUCUCACAGGUAGAAACUCAGAGUGACGCUGAACAUGGAGCUGAUGACGUAGGGGGAACCGCACAGCCUCAUUUGCAUGUGAUGCUCCUCCUCACAUCUCAUCCACAGAAACCUAAGAAGGAUUCAUAACCUCCAUGUUCAAAGUCAGGUCGCGUUUCACUAGUUAUUAAACCAAACACAACCUCAUUAUAAUUAUAAAUGUUCUUCUCACUGCUGCUGUUUCAUAAUUCUUCAGUUAUGAUAACAAGCUGUUUGUUUUCCUGGUUCUGAGCAGAUUUUAAAAACUGGCUCUUUUUGUUGACGUCAGCUGAGAAUGAACCAACGACUCUUUGUUUAAAAAGUUUAUAUACAAGUUAAAUAACUAUGAAAUCAAAGAACCUGAAUCUAGAGGCUCGUAAGUUUAAUGAUUAAGAUGAACUGACAGUUAUUUAUUAAAUGUUUAGCUGUUUUAAUCACUCAUUAUUUAGCUGAUUGAAUGUUAUUAUAGAAACUACUCGUCUGAGUUUCCAUCCAUUCACAUUGAACUUGUUCAUUUCAUCCAUUACUGGUAUCUGUUGUGAACACAUGCAAUUUAAUAAAUCACAAUCUUUCUGUCA